CGGAAAUAUAUUUUACUCAUAUAGAGAAGGAGUGAUCCACAAAUUUCAGCUAAAGGAAGGACGCAUGUGUAAUUUUUCUCACCAGACGAGAAUACUUUCCUUUAAGUUCCUCCCUUGGCCGAGCUCUCGCUUUCUCUUUCCAAAUCAAUGGAUCCUUCAAUUUUCAAACUCCUCGAAGAAGACGAGGAUGAAUCGAUGCACUCGGGAGCUGAUGUGGACGCGUUCCAGGCCGCUCUGAAUCGAGAUAUUGAAGGCUCUACGAACCCUCCUGGAAACACCCAUUCUCCCAACCAACACUUCACAGCUACAUGGAAGAAUGAUAUAGGAGAUGCCAGUAUGAAUCUCCAGACGCAGCACAGCCUUGACAGCACUCAGAUGAAGGAUCAACAUGGAUCGGCUUUAGACGGUCAACACCAACAUGAUUUAAAACGUGCAAAUGAACCUCAAGACCUUCAUCGACCAGGUCAGCAUUGGGACAAUCCUCCGCAGGUGCCCCAAACAUCUGGGUUGCAGAUUUCUGAAAAGAACCCUACUGGUAAUGAACCUGAAAGACCGCAUAAUCAAGAGAGUGAAUCUCAGUUUCUUAAACUGCAAAAGAUGAGUAGUCAACAGGCUCGUGGAAUGGAACAGCCUCCUGUUAAUCCUCUGAACCGCAACCCUAAGCAAGUUCCUUUUGCUGCUUUGCUUCCUACCUUAAUGGCCCAACUCGACAAAGACAGAGCGCUGCAGCUCCGUACCCUUUAUUCCAGACUUAAGAAAAAUGAAAUCCCCAAAGAAGGGUUCACCCGACAUAUGAAGGAUAUUGUAGGCGAUCAGAUGCUUAGGCUAGCAGUUAGUAAACUACAGCAGGUGGGUUAUAACCAGGGAAAAAUGGGAAUUCAAGCUCCUUCUACUGAAAUUAAUAAUCAAAAGUCUCAGUCUGACCCUCGUGGAGUCGUCCACCUUAACCAACUAUCUUCGUCAACAAGCAGUUCAGUUCCUGUGCAGGGGCUUACCAAACAUCCGCCGCACCAAAUGCAGCUUCCACCAAGCUCUUUUCCCAUGUAUACCAGCUCCGGUAAUAUUCACUCAUUCAACACCAAUGUUUCUGGUUCCCCAUUGAGACCACACCUUCAUGAUCCCCAUAUGAGACAUGUGGCGCAUAACCAGACCAUGGGAUCAUCUGGUCUUGGAGGACCGCCACAGUCUACGACAAACAUGAUGACUAUGCCAAAGUUUGAGAGGCAAACUUCUGUCAAUGAUCCUAGUAGGGUUCAAGGUGGCGCUACAUCGCACUUCCAAAACAGCUCAUCACUGCCACCUGGUCAAGGAUCAUCAAUGUCCAAUGUGAAGCAGGAAUCAGUUGAUCAAAGUUUUGAACAGAAGAAUGCAGCCUCAGGGGCUUCGAAGGAGGAUUUAGAGAAGGACUCCUCUAGAAACAUGGCGCAUGCAAGCUCUGUUUCUCCUUCUUCCAUCACAACUCAACUAGACGCUAGCACAGCAAUGAAUUCUCGUGGUCCAUUGGGUAUGUCUCAAGCAGGAGUUAAUGCUAGGAUGCCACCCAAAAAGCCUUUUGUUGGUCAGAAGAAACCUCUUGAGACUUCAUCGUCACCACCAAGCAAGAAGCAAAAACUGGUCCCGAAUUCUAUGGAUCAAAGUAUUGAACAGCUCAAUGAUGUCACUGCAGUCAGUGGUGUUAAUCUCAGGGAAGAGGAAGAACAAUUAUUCUCUGGGGGAAAGGAGGAUGGUCGUGUUUCUGAAGCAUCUCGGAGAGUUGUGCACGAAGAGGAAGAAAAACUAAUUUUGCAGAAAAUUCCUCUGCAGAAAAAGCUGGCUGAAAUUAGUUGCGAUACUUUCCGUAUCUGCUUUCGGUUUAUGAAUACUUGGAGAAACUUAUAUAUAUAUAUAUAUAUAUAUAUAUGUGUGUGUUUUUCUUCUGUGGCAGUGGCAAAAGUCGGCUUAAAGCAGAUAAGCAAUGAUGUUGAACGGUGCUUGUCUUUGUGUGUGGAAGAAAGGAUGCGAGGACUAUUAUCUCAUAUAAUUCGGUUGUCCAAGCAGCGAGUUGAUACUGAGAAAUCUAGACACCGGACUGUUAUCACGUCAGAUGUUCGGCAGCAAAUCAACGAAAUGAAUCAGAAGGUGAAAGAGGAAUGGGAGAAGAAACAGGCUGAAGCAGAAAAGCUUAAGAAACCUAGUGAGAGUGAAGAAGGUGAUGGUGGAGUUGAUAGUGAGAAGGAGAAAGAAGAUAACCGUUCAAAGGGUUUGAAGGGAAAUAAAGAGGACGACGACAAAAUGAGAACGACAGCUGCAAACGUUGCUGCUCGUGCUGCUGUGGGAGGAGAUGAUACGUUUUUAAAAUGGCAAUUAAUGGCAGAAGCACGUCAGAAAUCUGUAUCUGAAUCUGGUAAAGAUGGGACUCAGAAAGCUACUUCAAGUGGAGGAAGAACCUCCAAGGACAGGCAAGACAGUGGGCGACGGUUUACUGGAGUUGGUGGUCGAAGAUUAGGGAAGAACCAAGGUUCGUCGCUUCAACCAAAAGUGGUGAGGACAAUCUCGGUGAAGGAUGUGGUUGCUGUCCUGGAAAGAGAGCCUCAGAUGUCUAAAUCUAUUCUAAUGUAUCGAUUACUUCAAUAGGAAGCUUCAUUAUCACAGAAUUGUUAUAUUUAGUUCAAUAGGAAAGCUUCAUUAUCACAGAAUCGUUAUAUUUAUAAGCUUCUGAUGAUAAUUUAAUCGUCAAGACACCAAAGUUAGUUAUUUGCAUAAAAAUGUGUUCGAUGGAUUCAUUGUUUUUCAUGGAAUAUAUGACAUGACCAAACAUAUUAAACGCAAA